GUGGCUGUACGGCUGGCAAACAUGACCUGUGGUUGGGGGUGGUGUCGGCUGUGUGAGUAAAGGCGGAAGAGGACGACACGAGACAUAUUUGAAGGCGUGGUGAUUGCGAUGGAGCGCUUUGAAGGGAGCGAGCGCACCGCGGGUAGCCGUGAGGCGAAUUCAACGAGAGACCCCCAAAGCCAUGUCUAACAUCCGGCAACACACUCGUCCGUAUCUACCCACAUCUUCCUCAGACUUUGCCCUCCCGCUCUCCAAAUCCCGCUCGCACAACUCCCUCGAUUCCCCAGACGACCCAGACGACCCCCACCCGCUCCUCUUCCGCCGUUUCCGCCGUCCCAGCCUGCCCACAUCCACAAACGCAGACCGUGACGCUCGACUAUCAAGCCCUCUCGCGAACGAGGCAUUCGCACCCCUUCCUCGAUCAUCACUAUUCAAACUCGAGACUGAUCAAUACCAGGACCGCAUGUGGACAGACAACUCGCCGUCGUGCAGUUCGGAGAAUGCCACGCCGCCUUUACUUGGAUCGACUGCGAGCGAGAAGGACGUAGAGACCGACAGCGACAGCCCGAUGAAGACGAGUCGACCGCACACCCCUCCCAGACAAUCCCCAUCGAAUAUCGACGGUCUGGGAGAAUCCUCGCCACUGUAUCAGACUCACCUUCGACGCCUCUCGUGCCCGCCUAAAAUACCAAGGAUUCUCAAUCUCGUCUCCGAGUCGCGAACAGAAGACACCGAAGCGAAGUCGGAGGCUCAAUUCCAGCGGCUCGUCGCUUCGUUCUCUGAACUCCCCACAAACCCCCGCACGCCGCGUGCGCCAUCAGACCGAGGCCGCUAUCCUGAAGAGGCAGGCGACGACAGCCAACGAGAAGACACGCCGAGCGAUGAUGGCGACGACGACGACUUUCACAGUCCAUUCGGCUUUGCGCCGCCAACGAGCGAGCCUAUUAAUAUCAAUAACAGGGCUCGGACGUCUGCACCCAGUAUCAGUGGCAGUGUCAAUGGCGAUGAUUCUGCCGUGGACAGUCCGGGAGGCGCAGGAGCCAUGGACAUAGAUCUGCCAUCAUCAUCGACGUUCGGCUCACCGGCAGGCAUGACAAGCUCUAAUUAUAACUGGCGCUACACGCCGCCACCCACGGCUUCCGCAGUACGGACAAACAAACGGAAACACGACGACCGAUACGAUCCCUACCCAUCGUCUUCCAAACGGCGCGCCGUCUCACCAUCCGUCACCUACCUUCGCGACUCACACUCCUCCCUUUCCCCGAUCUAUAUUCCCCGUUCUACCUCGUCCAGCUCACGGACCACGCCACUCUCCAUGCCAAUCCCCAUUCCCAUCCCGACACCAAAUAAUAACUACGCAUCAGGCUCAGCUUCUGUCAACUCUUCACCGACAUAUUCCUGCCUGUCAGGAUCGUAUCCUGGUGGCAUGUCGCGAGGCAUGGGACCUGGUAGUGUCGCAUCGAGUCCUACUAUGCGGUCAUCGAUGAGCUUGGCCAGUCCUAUCGCACGAACUAUGAGGCUUGGUAGAAGGGCGGAUGGGGAUACUAAGGAGGUCGAUCAUGCAGAAGACGGCGUUAAUGGUCUCAAGCUUGGCUAACAUCCGAGCAUAUUUUUCUUACUCUUCCUUCUAGGUGACUUUCGGUACGCUAGCAUGUGUUUGUCGUCUUCUUCUCUCUUCUUUUCUUGUUCGAAUGCCGCUCUGCUUCAUGUUUUUCGUUGUAUCAUCGGUGUUCUUGUAACAUAUCGUAUCACAAUGUCCCCCGAGCCUGUACCGCACUUGUAAAAUAUCGUUACUGUACACUCCUAGUAGUACCCCAUGUUAUGCCACAUCUCUAGGCAUAGGUUAGACCGUCCGUUGGCUACUGGCUACGUUUACUCCCCACUCCCCAUUUCCCCUCCCAAUGUUUGGUCUACAUGCCUGCGUACUCGUCACAUCUUUGACUUUGUCUCUUCGUUCUCGCAUAGCUUAUUGUAUUAUUUUUUCUUCGUCCGUCUGUUGCUCCUCUAUAUCUUUUGCUUAUGUUGAGUUGUCUGGGUAGGAACGUACUGAUACAAAGACUUUCGGAAUCCGCAUCUCAU